GAAGUGCCCGUCUGGAGGGUAAACAACAAGCUGACUGAGGAAGAAGCUGCGGGACUCGCCUCCAUCUUUAACGCUCCAGAGUCCGCCGCCCGCCUGGGAGAUGGGGGGCGUCCUGGGCCUGUGCUCCAUGGCGAGCUGGAUACCAUGUUUAUGUGGCAGUGCCCCAUGUCUGCUGUGCCGAUGCUGCCCCAGUGGAAACAACUCCACCAUAACUAGGCUGAUUUAUGCUUUCAUCUUGCUCCUUGGAGUGAGUGUUGCCUGUGUCAUGCUAAUGCCAGGAAUGGAGGAACAGCUGAAGAAGAUUCCUGGAUUUUGUGAUGGAGGGAUUGGAACAACCAUUCCUGGUGUGCAUGGUCAUGUGAAUUGUGAUGUCUUAGUCGGAUACAAAGCGGUGUACCGUGUGUGCUUUGGUAUGGCCAUGUUCUUCCUUCUGUUCUCCUUGUUGAUGAUCAAAGUAAAGAGCAGCAAUGAUCCAAGAGCAGCAGUGCACAAUGGAUUCUGGUUCUUCAAAUUUGCUAUAGCAGUAGCAAUUAAUGUUGGAGCUUUUUUCAUCCCAGAGGGACCCUUUACGACUGUGUGGUUUUAUGUCGGCAUGGCUGGGGCCUUCUGCUUCAUUCUUAUUCAGCUGGUCUUGCUUAUUGACUUUGCUCACUCUUGGAAUGAAUCUUGGGUUGAAAAAAUGGAGGAAGGAAAUUCAAGAUGUUGGUAUGCAGCUCUGCUGUCAGCUACGGCUCUAAAUUACCUGCUGUCUCUGGUUGCUGUUGUCUUGUUUUAUGUUUAUUACACUCGUCCAGAAGACUGCUCCGAAAAUAAGGCAUUCAUCAGUGUUAAUAUGUUGCUGUGUAUUGGUGCCUCUGUAAUGUCAAUUCUGCCUAAGAUCCAGGAAUCUCAGCCAAGAUCUGGUUUGUUGCAGUCCUCAGUGAUCACAAUUUAUACAAUGUAUCUAACCUGGUCAGCUAUGACUAAUGAACCAGAAAGGAAGUGCAAUCCAAGCUUGCUGCGCAUAAUUGGCUACAACAUCACCACCAUUCCAAGCCAAGGUCAGGUUGUCCAGUGGUGGGAUGCACAAGGAAUUGUAGGACUUAUUCUGUUUUUGCUGUGUGUUCUGUAUUCAAGCAUCCGGACAUCCAGUAACAGCCAGGUGAACAAAUUGACGCUAACCAAUGAUGAAUCAACACUGAUAGAAGAUGGGGUACCCAGAAGUGAUGGCUCUUUGGAUGAUGGAGAUGAUAGCCACCGUGCUGUAGAUAAUGAAAGGGAUGGAGUUACUUACAGUUAUUCCUUCUUUCACUUCAUGCUUUUCCUGGCCUCAUUGUAUAUCAUGAUGACCCUCACCAACUGGUACAGUCCUGACUCUUCCUAUGAGACUAUGAUUAGUAAAUGGCCAUCUGUCUGGGUGAAGAUAUCUUCCAGCUGGAUUGGCAUUGUGCUGUAUGUGUGGACUCUGGUGGCUCCGCUGGUUCUUACAAACCGUGACUUCGACUGAGCUGUGCUUCUCCUUGAACGCUUCAGUUCAUUUCACCAUUUGUUGAAAUUAACAGUAUUCCAGACUAAAAUGUAGUUGUAAAUAUGUGCGUGCUUGCUGCCCAUGUAGUAGACCGUGCCUUGUUCUGCAUGAUUACCAUUAGAUCAUGUCCUCUUGCCAUUUCACUAAAUGACUUUUCUAGCCAAGCUCAGUGAUUAAUUACUAUGCCAUUGGUUUUCAUAGGAGUACUUUAGGUUUAGUGCUGUGGGUGAGGUAGAUGUAAAAUCAGUCAGUUUGUUGUAUUCCCCUCCCUCCCCCAAUGCUGCGAGUAGCAAAGGGUACAAGAACAAUUGGGUUGGAACUUUAUUUAAUUAGAUGGAGUUAAAAACAGGUUUUAUAGGAGGAAUUUUAAGCAAAUUAGGGCUACUUUUGACAAUUCGUGUUGCCUUGUUUUCAAAGUCAGCCUUCAGUAAGUAUUGAGCAUUUAGGUCAAUUCAAAAGGUGCAUGUUACACUUCUGUCUGAUAUCUUGCAGCCUUUUGGCUAUGUCUUGUUUUCACCACGUAAUAUUAUGUUAAUGUAUUUAGCUUGAGUCCUAAAUGGAAGGAAUUUGAACCUACACUUCUCUGAACAUUCUCUUCGGAGCUAGUGUAUUAGAUGUGCCCUAUUCCUGACAAAAGGACACAGAAAAAAUAAACAUGCUGUGAAGGUUUGGCCCCAGGAGUCAAAGAUGUAUAUUGUAAACCUGUCUUAAAGUAUUUAAAAAAUACUUUAUAUAUUGCUAAGUUAUACUCUGACUCUAAUCAAGCUGAGAGGUUGCAAGGAAAGUAGCAAACCUGUUCGCAAAGGAUAAUGUGUCACUGGCUGGGUGUGACAGCACAUGCUUAUGAUCAGAAGUUUGGAGAAAAAGGAGUACUGAAGUUAGUCAUUAGAGACUUGCAUUUUAUAGCUGGCUUCUACAAAAUUAUUUAAUCUUUAAGUUCAGGGUAUUAGAAACUGAUCUGAUCUGUUUUAAUAUCUUAUGGUACCUGUUUCUGCUGGUGUGGACAUGUGCCUGGAAAAUAGAUGUGGGCAUCAAGUUAACUAGUUGGGCUGAUUUAAAAAAAACCAACUUGUACAGUUUUGUGCAGUUCUUGAAAAUUUUAAAUGCUAUUGUGCUUGUUGCUUUGUAAUUAAAUAAGCUGUGGUGUGUGUAUGUAUGUGUGCAUGCUCUGCUGGUGGUUAUGUUGAGACUGACAAUCUCAGUGGGAGUGAACCCAGAGCUGUACUUCAGCAGUCAUCAUAUAAACUACCAUAUGGUGUUUCUACUGCUGUCUCAUGUAGCUAAUUCUUAUCUCAUAUAAGAGUUUUAUUUUAAAUUGCUCAAACACAUUGGCAUAGGCUAAGUAAGACUGACUUGUUAGUCAGAGCCAGUGACAUUUGGAGGCAGCUGAAGCCAAUACUGUGUACAGUCAUUUUGAAUAUAUUACCUAUCAAUAAACAACUUCAGAUAAAGAUGUGGUUUUAUUUUCUGAUGGCUACAAAUUAGUCAGGGGAUGCAGUUUGUAUUGAAGACUAAACUACUAGGGUAAAAAGUGCUACAAACUGGUGUUUAGAAAGUUCAUAUUACAUGAAGAGCUUUUUCAACAGCAGGGUUCAUGAGGGGUUCCACCCCUUUCUGCCUCCCAGUGUAGUGACUUGCACCCAAUGGGGAUAAACUGCUAUAGUGCAAAUUGCCUGCACUCAACAUUUGCAUAGGUGGUUAACUUCCUACUCCAGAUAAGGCUAUAGGUAGAUGACACCAUCUGACACUUGGUUUAUAAUUGUAGCUUGAAUCACAUACUUCAUUAACAUUAAAUAGUGGCAACAAAUUAGGCUGCUGAUUAAAGGAAGGAUAAAUGGAGCAUUGUAUGAUUGAGGGACAGGCUUUAAGUCCUGAGCCACUGAAAACAGAAGCAAAUAUGUCUUGACUCAUGUUUACUGUUAUUAGACUACACUUAUUGGGCUCAUUUGGUUCCAUCUAGUACAAUUAGCAGUAGCAACAAAGGAGCAGUGCUCACUUUCAUUUGGAAUGACUUUUCAGUCUUUCCUUUACUGCUUCCAGGUUCUAUACUCCUACCUAGCUUAAAUAGCUAAGGGUUUUCUUCACUGCACUAGUUACCUCAAGCUUUUUAAUUAUACAUUGAGUAAUAUUAAGGACAGCAAGAGAACACUUAAGUUGCAUUUCAGCCAGCUGUCUGUACCUUCACUACAUUCAAAUUAAAUGUCAUCUUGUACAUCAUCCCCCUGAGGACAGGUGCCCAAACUUUGGUUUUAACCACUUCUUAUGGUUUGAACUCCCUUCUUUAAAUAGAAGGGAUAGAAUAAACUCACCCAAUGUUAGGUGACCUUAUGCAGGAGCAGUGAACAACCUGAACACUGUGAAAACUACUAAGCACAUGCAGCUCUUCAACAUGCUAUGCCUAGUCUCUGGGUUGUAAUGAACACUGCAGGUGUGGUGCUACCAUAUUUGGAGGAGGGGAAUAUGUGUAAUUAAAACAAAUCUCUUAAAUGGUCUAACCUCCAUCAAUAUACCUUUCCAUUCAAUUGUUUCUUCUAGGUCUGCCUUUCAUUAGAUACUCUAAGCCAGUGGUUCUCAAACUUUUGUACUGGUGACCCUUUUCACAUAGUAAGCCUGAGUACACCCCCCCUUAUAAAUUAAACACUAAUUUCACACAAUUAUAAAUGCUGGAUGCAAAGUGGAAUGUUGUGUGCUGUUGAAGAGCUACUUCCUUCAAACCCAGAGGUGGCUGUAUUUCAGUGGAGGCUGAAAACUUUCAUGUGCAUACUGGCUUCAUAUAGAGUCUCAUAGUAUUACAAAUACCCACUGCUAACUCAAAUGCAGGUCUCUUGCCAGAGCAAGAGACUCAGUUCUCUACUCAGGCAAAUAUCCAUUGACAUCAAGGGUUUGGGGUGGAGGCUGACAGCUUGUGACCUUCUGAGGGGUCCCAACCCCCGGUCUGAGAACCUCUGCUCUAAGCAAUAUUUAGUGAAAUUAACUUGAUAAACUAGCAACUCAGCUAACCCAUUAAGAAUGUUUAAAUAGCACAUCUUUUCAUGCCACAACAUCAAAGUUGUUUACAAGGUGAGUCCUCCUGUGGUACAACAGUACAUAUACCAAAUAGAGGCACCCUCAAGAGGUGAAGCCAGUGGCCUCUGAUAGUGAGGAGUGCUAUAUACUGAGCUGCUUCCAUGUUAGUUGACUUAUUUUUUGACUAGCUGAGAGGAAACUAAGUGCUAUAUGAACUUUUAUUUACCAGUAGGUCUUAAUGUAUUAAGAGCACUUACUGCUAUGCUUGCCAAAAGGUACUUGUUUGAAUAGGAUAGUGCCUUCUGAAUGAGUAUACAGUAGUAGCUUUCUAGAUACAUUUUACAAAUUCCAUUAAUGAAAAUAUACUCAGUUACUAUGGUUACAUCUACACAGGGAUAACCCCCCUCCCCAUGGCUGGCUGGCUCAGGCUCAGAGUGAAAGGUCCCAGAGCAUAGGUUCCAGUCCAAGCCCAAUUUUUAGCCCUAUGAGUUCAAGUCCACUGACCUGAGCCAACUCCAGCCAUGCUAUUUUAUCCUUGAGCAGAUGUACUCUACAUCUACAAUACAUUUGUUUACUGGUGAUAGAAGAUGAGUCAAUGCACAGAAACUGGUGAGAAUGAGAUUUUUCUCUGCCUGAUUCAAGUAGCUUGAAAACAGGUAUUUAACUCAAAUGCUACAAGAUCCCUACCUAACAGGUAACACAGUAUUAUCUAUAUAUAAAAAACAGCAUAUUUCAUGCUCAAUGGUAUCAAAACAACCUAUUUUUAUUACUCUCUCAGCAUAUUAAUGGAGUAAAGUGUACAUCUUUCACUUAAUACAUAGCUCAUGUAGAGUCUGACCUGACCUCUUGAAAUUUAUCCUACCCAAUUACUGGUUUUAAAAAAAAAUUGUUCUGAAACUGAAAACAGAGUAUUUUGUGGCAUAUACUAGCAUGAAUUAAAGUUAUUUCAUGUACAGUAGUUCAUCUGAAAAUAUGUUCUAAGCAUUGACUCAAAGUGUAGACAAUGUAAAAGAUGACCUCUAACAAAAGUCACACCUAGAUAACAUUUAUUUUAUCAAAGUGGAUGGUUCAGGUUAGAACUCAUGCAUGCAAGUGGCUCCUGUCUUAAUAAAUAAAAACUUCCAUUUCUCUCCUAUCAUGUAUGAUUACACUCACUGAAAAAACUAAGGCAGAACCAAAGAGUCAACUAGGUAACAGGCACUUUGUUCCCAAUUCAACCAGAAAAAAAUACAGCUCAACUCAGGUCUUGAUGCGCCCCUCCCCCCCCAAUCCAUUUUUUAAACAAAAGGUUGUAAAAAUAGAAAACCAAAAUACAGAAAACAUUCAGAGUUCUACACGAUACAGAGUUAUUCUACUCAAUCAUACAUAGAACCAAAAAGUCUAAGAGU